AGCACCGUAGUGAAUGCGCAACCCAGACCGAUGGCGGGAGAAAUGUAUAUGAUGUUGGGAGCGUGAUACCAAUUUGAAAAUAGAAAGAAGAAUACGAAAUAUCUUGUCAUCAAUACUGACCUUAUAUAACUACUGAAGACUGAAUAAUCCCUUGGGGAUCCAGGUUGGAAUAGGUCCUCAGUACCCCUUGGUUGUUGUAAGAGGCGACUAAAUGGGGCAGUCCUUUGGAUGAGACCGCAAAAACCGAGGCCAUGUGUCACAGUAGGUGUGGCACGAUAAAGAUCCCUCUCUGCUCAAAGGCUGUAAGCGCCAAGCUGCUUAUUCCUAAAUUUUGCAGCUCUUCACUGGCAAUGUUGACGUCUCCAUACGAUUGAAAAAUUCUCAAGAGGGAUGUUAGACAAUAUACAAUAAAUCAAGACUGAAUAGUAUCUCGGGGAUCAACAUCAACCGAACUCAAUACACACUUGCCCAGUCUAGUGAUUAUUUCAGAAGAAAAUGUGUUUAUCUUAAUUGUUUGAUAAUAUUAUAAAAUGAAGUCUUGACUCUGUAUUUUUUGUUUUCUUUACAGAAUAAUAGAUUUUUUUAUUAACAAAAGCCCCUUAUUAAUAGGUCAUACCUUAUUUUAUGAUAUCAAGUCAUUAUGAAUCAAUACAUUAUCUGACAUACUACUUAUUUCAGGGCUUAAUAUCCUUGUAUGUUGGUGCAGUAAACAAACCCCAUUCACAAUUGAAAAUUUAUGGAUUUCUUCUUUUUUUUCUUUUUUCUUUUUUUUUUACAAAUUCUGAUUGAAAAUUUUCCUAAUUACAAGCUCACAAGCAUAGCAUAAAUGGUAUCUGCAUGUGUUGUUAUGUAAGAUCUGCAACAUCUUGAAAAUUAGCAGUCAAUAUGAAAGUAGAUAUUUUUUACAGACAAAUGGUCUGGUGAAAUACAAAUUUUACUAAGCCAAACAAGUUUUUACCAGACUGAGCUUUUUUGUAUCAAAUUAAAUUUAUGGAAUAUCAAGCAACUGCAACAUAUUCAAAAAUUGUAUCAAAUAAAAUUUGAAGAAUUAUGUAGUGUAUAAUGUGAUUUAUUACACGGAAGUAACAUAAUUUAGAGCUGAGCGGUGCACCGAAAAUUUCAGUUGAAUUCAAUUACAAAUUCCAGGCCAGGUCUAAUACAAUUUUAAGCUACUGGUCUAGUCCUUUUUAAAGUUAGAUUGAGUCCUGCCCCCUUUUUCAAUUUUUUAAGCACCCUGGGUGCUCAAUAGGAUGAAUACGGUACACAUAAUCAUAGAUUCAUGAAGUUGAAUUAUAGUACUCAUUAGGAUACUGCCACUUUCAUGAUUAUAACAAUAUCUGGAUAGGUAUUCCAAGAAUAUAUUUUUUUUUUUUUUUACAUACAUUGAAAUAAGUUUCUAAAUGUGAAGUUGGGGGUGUUGUUGUUAAUAUAUAUGUACAUACUCAAAGAUUAGGGAGAAAUGAAAAUUAUGAAUAUAUCAUUGAACUGAAGAGUGUUGCUGUAUUAUAUUACAGACAAAAUAAACAGACUGAUGGCAAAAACAAGAGGGUCUUAUCAGGAGGACUCAAACGGUAAUACUGAUUCUCCAACACUUAGUAACAGCAAUGAUAUAGUGAAUGUAAGCCCUCCGCAAGUCAUGCCAAAGCUCUCCCCCAAAGUGUUCAACAAAGAAGACAGCAGUCCCAUCCAAAACAUCCCUCAUUCCACAACAGGAUGUCCAUCGCUAUUGGUGGAGGCAAGUACUUAUGAAGAAAGUUUCAGCAGCUUUCUGAACAAGACUAUGACAACAUCAGAAUAUUUUGAUUCCUCCGAAAAUGCCAAUUUUACUAGGUGCAAAAGAACAGACUCCAAGUUUCUUGAAAAUAAUAAUAUCAAGUUUUGCAAGGAGAAUAUACCUUUUCAAGACAUUAUGAAAGAUUCUCCACAUCGUAGAAACAAAUUGCUCGGCAUGCCUCAUUCAAAGUCUACAGCAUUAUCUAGAAGGGAAGACAUGGUUGUGGUGAAAAAGUCAAAGAAAACAAACUUUGUGAGAAGUUCAGAAACUCAGAGUAGAAGAGAGCAGGCCAAUCUCCCCACGGCAGUAGCGAGUGUGUCUACCACCAACUGUACACCGAGGGAAAUUCAGCAAACGUUGACAGUUGAACAAGGAAGCCUAAGUGCUAACACUGAAGAGCUCUACGCUGCUCCAAAGAGAAGGAAGCAAGGCAGACCUGUUGGAAGCAAGAACCAACAGUUCAAAUACACAAAAUCAAGACAGUCAAAACGAGGAAGAGUAGAGCACCAGCAAGUCAGGGUUUCAGAGACUGAAGCAGAAGACUCGCGCUACAGCUUCACUAUAGGACAAGAUGUCCUAGCAAGAUGGAAUGAUGGCCUUUUCUACUUAGGAUCUGUACAGAAAAUUGAGAAAAAUAAGUCCAGGUGUUUUGUUAGGUUUGAGGACCAUUCCGAGUAUUGGAUAUUGUUUAAAGAUCUGCAAAAAGGUGCCAAAGAUGAUGAAAUUAGUUGCUGCGUGUGCCAAACAGACCAAUCUGAGGAGCCAAAUGAGAUUGUCUUGUGUGACAAUUGUGGUUUAGGGUAUCACCAAGCUUGUCAUAACCCCAACAUUAGUGAUGAUGUCCUGGCCCCAGAUGUUGAAUGGUGCUGUAGACUUUGCAUAUUUGCUGCAGCAGUAAAGGAGGGUGGAGCUUUAAAGAGUGGGCCUGAUGCCAGGGCCUUGCAGAAUAUGAAACAGUCUUUCCCUUAUAAGCUGGAAUCCUUGACCUGGGAUGUUCAGCACAAGGUGAAUGUGGAGCAGUGCUACUGUUACUGUGGGGGGCCUGGAGAUUGGCACCAGAAAAUGCUGCAGUGUUGUCGAUGCAGACAAUGGUUUCAUGAAGCCUGUAUACAGUGUCUGGAGUACCCGCUGGUUAUUGGAGACCGAUUCUACUUGUUUGUGUGUUCACACUGUAACACGGGGCCCGAGUACAUCAAACGAUUAGAGAUGACAUGGGCUGAUUUGACCCACCUUGCUCUUUUUAAUCUAACCAUCCAGUUGAAAACUAAGAAGAAGUACUUUACUCCUGAUGACAUUGUUGAUUUUAUCAAUGCCAACUGGGAAAAACUCCAGCUUUCACAGUUUGUCCAUAUACCAGAAUAUGAAAGAAUAGACCAUGUGGAGAAAGCCUUAAAGGAAGGAAAGAAACGUUUUGGAUGUGGACAGGAAAUACGUAGGAAUUCUAUGUAUAUGCUGAAGUUGAGAGCUCCACCCUCUGUUCCAACUUUGAUCCUCCCCUUGGAGGGCCAAGUUACGGAUGAAGUCAUGCAGAACCUCCAGCUGACAGGAAACAAAAAAGUGAAAAAAUUUGUUCCCAUUAUUUGCAAAUCUCCAAUACCUCUGAACUACAGGGGAAGCAUGCUUGAGAUUCAGGACAGCAUUGCUCUGAAAUCAAGGAAGAAUUUAUCAUUAGCAAUCACAACGAAUGUGGAGCCAAAUCCAUAUAGCACUAAUCAAGAAUACAUAGGUUACACGGGAAAGGACUAUUCCGUCAAACGUCACAAAAAAUCUACGUCUUUGUCGUCUCUGAUUCCAGUGCCUGAAGAUUUUGAUGGAUAUAAUCAUCCUUUUCUCUUCGAGUGUGAACAGAAUCAUGAAAAGGCCUUAGCCAGGAGAAAACAUGAUCUACAGAAAUAUCUGUUUUACACUACAGAACUCAAUAUUCACACGGAAUCUGAUAUAGUGGAGGAGCCCAAGGUCAACAAUUGGGAGCCACCAGUUGAGAGAAAGGGAUCACGAAAGAGGAAGCAUAUAGACGAAUCCGCUGUGUUGACGUCUAAAAGGAGACGUGUGACGGUUUCACAAGAGACCGAGAAACAUUAUGUAGAGGAAUUACUAGAACAGCCAAAUAGCAUCAAAACAGACAUGAGUUUGUGUUUUGAUACAGUAGAGAAAAUGAAAAAGGGAGAGAAGUAUUAUGUAGGGGGAAAGAGAACUGUAGGAGACUGCAUUCAGUACCUAGUGGCCUGGGAGGGUCUACACACAAAGUGAUAAAUGUUAUCUCUAGGUGUCACAAAUUUUAGUUCUGCUAUAAAGUCAUUUUUACUUUAAAACUUAUUAGAGUGAUUUUAUUAUUAUUAUAUAUUAUUUUCUUUUUUUAAAUAUUAAAAAGUUCCGUUUUUAAAUGUCAGAGUCAUUAUAUCACUAUGCAUGAAAUAAUUCGUGUUUUACAGGUGUUUUACAGGUAUUUGAUUGUAAUCUUGUACGCGAAAAUCAUUAUACCUUUACCAAUUUUAUGCAAGCUUUGAUGAAGUAAAUUAAUUAAAGUGA